AUGAGCACCGUUGUUCUAAUUACCGGCGGUAAUCGAGGGAUCGGAAAAGGGCUGGUGGCACAUUAUCUUGCGCAGCCGGACACGACCGUCAUUGCAACGGCGAGGGAAGUCUCAUCCCAGAAUGCGAGCGCAUUUGACACGCUCCAAAGAAGCGACAGGUCUCAUCUGCUUAUUGUGCAGUUGAGCGUCGACAUCGCAUCGAGCAUCGCCGAAGCCGCCUCCGUCAUCGAGAAGCAUCACCACAUCCAUCAAAUCGAUAUUGUCAUUUCCAACGCGGGAAUCUGCGACCACUGGGGCCCUGUCUUGGAAAUGAGGGACGCGGACGUGCUCACUCAUUUUCAAGUGAACACGCUGGGACCCCUUCGGCUUUUCCAAGCUCUCGCACCAUUGCUGAACAACGCUAGCUCCCCCAAAUUCAUCUAUAUCUCCACAGCCUUGGCAAGCAUUUCUGGAAUCAAUCAAUUCAAUUCAUUGACCGCUGCGUACGGGAUGUCUAAGGCAGCGGGGAACUAUCUUAUGAGGAAGAUUAAUGCGGAGAACGGCCACUUGAUCACUUUGUCAAUUGACCCGGGGCUUGUUCAAACAGACAUGGGUGCUAGGGCUGCGCAGUUCAAUGGACUGGAAAAGGCUCCCUUGACGAUUGAUGAUACCGUUCGCGGAAUCACGAAUCAGAUUGCUGCAGCAACUAAAUCGACUACGUCUGGUCAGUUCGUUGAUUACAACGGGGUUGGGGUGGCUUGGUAGAUGGAUUGAGAGUGAGGCACACUUUAGUAGAUAUGAGCAUUUCGCGCAACAUGGUGCGAAGAAUAUCAGUCCAGU